AUGGCGCUUGGUCGAAGCUGGUCAAUUAUCGCAAAGCGACACUACCCUCGCUUACUACACACUUUGGACGGUAGCCGCGCAAUGCCCUCACAUCCUCAAUCUGACACGAAUCCUUUGUUUUGCUACACGAGCGGGCGAUGGUUAUGGAAUGAGCGCGAGCAACUGGAAGCCCGAUACCGACGCUUUGAUGUGUCGAGUCUCCAACAAGCGGCUUGCCAAGCUGUCGGUGCAAACGAAUGUAUAUCUUUCAAGAAGAUCGGCGAAGGCAACUACAACAAGGCAUAUCGCCUUGAGAUGGAAGACGGCCAGAAGAUCAUCGCAAAAGUCCCACACCCCAAUGCUGGCCCACGAGUCCAUACCACUGCAUCGGAAGUGGCAACUAUGGAGUUUGCCCGGACUGUUUUGAACUUACCUGUCCCACGAGUUCUCGCUUGGAGUGCUACCGACCAAAACUCUGUCCAAGCAGAAUAUAUCAUCAUGGAAGAAGCGAGUGGCUCCCAACUCCACGAGGUUUGGCAGGAUCUUUCACUGCGGAGGAAGUGUGACAUUGUUCGUGAGUUUGUAGACGUUGAAAGGAAACUACUCUCGGUCUCCUUUGAAAAAUUGGGAUCAUUGUAUUUUAAGGAUAGUGGUAUCGCAGGAUGCGAGCCGGCUAUCGUUACAAGUGGUCCACAAGAUGUCGUUGGUCACAUCGAAUCAACUUACUGCAUUGGGCCCAUCACUCGAAGGGAGUUCUGGGAGAAGCAACGCAGUGAAAUGCAAUCUCAUGGUCCCUGGACAUCUUCUGCAGAAUACCUAAAGUCUGUCGCUUGCCGUGAGAUCGAAUGGAUCAAUGCCCAUGCGAACCCACAGGAGCCGAAUAAAACUCCAUGGCAGUACACGAGUCCACAGCAGAAGUCUCCAGAGGCUCACACAGUCCUAUUGGAGAAAUUCUUAGCCGCAAUCACAUAUAUCACUCCCAAGGACCCAGAGCUCGUCUCUCCCAGACUUUGGCACCCAGACUUCCAUCCUGGUAACGUCUAUAUCGACGCCCAAGACCGAAUAUCAUGCAUCAUUGACUGGCAGGGAGCCUGGGUUACCCCGGUGUUCAUCGGUGCCAAUCCCCCAUUGCUUCUAGACUAUGGGAUUGACAUGUUGAUGAAGCUCCCUGAAAACUUCAAAGCACUCGACGAUGCUACAAAAUAUAAGCUCAAAUACCAAGUGUCUCAGUCUAUUUUAAUCCACACGUAUGAAGAGACUACGGUGGGGAAGAAUCCUCUGAUGUACAAGGUUAUGCAUCAUCCUCAUGGCCAGACCCUCAAGCAAUUAGAAGCUUUUGUUGGCUCUACAUGGGACAACUGUCUCUUCCCCUUUGAAGAAUGUUUGAUCCGCGUUGAGAGUCACUUUGGUACGAACGAACCGUGUCCGUACCAUUUCUCAGCAGAGGAGUUACGGCAACACGACGAAGAGGCGGGGACUUUCAACAAGAGCCAGGAACUCUGGAAAGAGCUACAAGGUAUUUUGACUGAUGAGGGCUAUGCGUCGAAUGAGAGUUUCAGUAAGGCUGUCGAGAUACUCGGAGACUUGCGAGAAGUCGGGCUAAGUAGCCUGGAGGGCGAGGAUCGACGCAGCUUCGACAAAGAGACGCGAUGGGUCUUAGAUCUACGCAGCCGUUAA